CAGAGUCUCUGCCAGGCCCGUGCUUCUGUGAUGAUUUACGAUGACACCAGCAAGAAGUGGGUGCCAAUCAAACCGGGUCAGCAGGGCUUCAGCCGAAUCAACAUCUACCACAACACGGCCAACAACACCUUCCGUGUGGUGGGGGUCAAGCUGCAGGAUCAGCAGGUGGUCAUAAACUAUUCCAUUGUGAAAGGACUGAAGUACAACCAGGCCACUCCUACCUUCCACCAGUGGCGAGAUGCGAGACAGGUGUAUGGACUGAACUUCGCCAGCAAAGAGGAGGCCACCACCUUCUCCACUGCCAUGCUCUUCGCUCUCAAUGUCCUGAGCUCCCAAGAAGGAGGUCCGGCUGCACAUCGCCAGAACGGACCAGUGACUGAGGAUGGAGACGCUCAGAGGAGAGGAAUGGCGGAACAGCAUCUUUCCCAGAUGGAGAGAGAACGUCGAACACCCGGCUCGGCAGCCGGUCCUCCUGUUCCCUCUGGACAUCCAUCUAUGGCCUCAUCGACUCCACCCCUCAACCCACCCAGCGCUGCACCUGUCUGUGCUCCACCGGCCCCGCCUCCGCCUCCGGGACCGCCUCCUCCCAUAGCGGCCCCGCCCCCGACUCCGCCCCCGCCCCCGCUGCCGACCGGUGGAGGACCUGCUCCCUCCGGAUUGGCUGCUGCGUUGGCAGGAGCCAAGUUGCGCAAAGUGCAAAGGCCUGAGGAGGCGUCGUCCGGAGGCCUGGGUGCGAAGAAUGAUGCCAACCGUUCGAGCGGAGGAGGAGGGGGAGGGGAGGGUCUCAUGCAGGAGAUGAAUGCCCUGUUGGCACGCAGAAGGAAAGCUUCCGAGAAAGCUGAGAAGGAGGACGGUCAGAGUGAAGAAACUAACGGUUCACCAUCACCUAUCACACGCGGCCCUGGCCAACAGAAUUCUACAGACCCUGCGAAGAGGCCAUGGGAGCGCUCCAACUCUUCAGACAAAUCUGCCGCAGCGUCAAGGGUGAGAGCUGGGGGAAGCAGCAGUGAGGGAGAUUCUUUAGACAUCGACAGAAUUAAACAGGAAAUCCUGGAGGAAGUUGUACGUGAAUUGCAUAAAGUUAAAGAUGAGAUCAUCGAUGCCAUUAGAAGAGAAAUGACUAGAAUGAGUGCUACAUAAUCUUUGAGAGAUCGUCGUGACGAUGGUGGAGUCAAGUCG